ACUUGCUCAAAAAAAGUAAGAGAGAAAAAAAUAAAUAAAAAUGGCGAUAAAUGGUAGAUUGUUACGUACCUCUAAGCAAAUGGGCUUAGGUAACAAUAUUGGUGGCCAGAAUCAGUAUUAUUCUUUGACGAAUAAUUAUUCGUUACGAUUUAAAUGUUUGAGUAAAGGUAGACUUAUUGGCGGAGCAGAGAAGAAGGUAGUAGUUGUAGCAACUAAGGCUGUUGGUACUGCGGUUGUAUCUGAACCAAUUACUACACAAAAUUGGAAGAUUUCAGAUGUAAGUUUAGUCGCAGAUAAUGUAUCAGAUCUCAUAUUUCAAAAAUUGAAAAAUUUACUCAAACAAAUGCCGCAGAAAUUGCAUCAUUUACAGUCCUCCAUUGAAAAGGGUAUUUUGGAUUGCCGGUUCUUCAGUCUUUUAGCAGUUGCAGGGACAUUGAUUGGUUCAUUAUUAUGCUUUAUUGAGACUAAUAAAUAUUCUCAGGGUUGUUACUUAAUCAUAGAGUCAUACAUCCACUAUUUUAUCGCAAUCUCACAUAAAUCAGACCUUGGACAUGUAGUGCAGCUAUUAAUCGAAGCUAUCGAUAUGUUUCUAUUGGGGACUGCUAUGCUUACAUUUGGAAUGGGAUUGUAUGUCAUGUUUGUGGGAUCAAGAAAUAUUAAUGUUAAAGGAGAUGAUGAUGAUCAAUUGUCAGGCAAAAAGUUGUAUUAUUUUCAAACACUUCCAUCAUUAAUGGGAAUGAAAUCAGUAAUGCAAGCAAAAGCAAGAAUAGGACAUGCACUUAUAAUGUUACUUCAAGUUGGAGUAUUGGAGAAGUUCAAGAACAUACCUGUGGUUAAUGGAUUGGAUCUUGCUUGUUUUGCUGCUGCUGUUUUUGUUUCAUCUAUUUGUGUUUUCAUUCUUUCUAGGCUUGCUGCCACUAACACAAAGGCUGGAGACUAAGAAAAAUGCACAUUUUUACACUAUAUGUAUAAAGCAAGAAAAAAAAAUUAUAAGCAAAAAAUAGGUCUUAGGACUUGUUGUAGUUGGCCUUAUUAUUUAACAUAAAUAUUCUUUCAAUUUGUAACAAUUAAAUACAUUUGUUCAUAUGUGUUCUUGUAUAUUAUUGAAUUAGUAAAUGAGUUUCUUUGCA